AUGGCUCAGAGAUCUGCUACUAGUUCGCGUGCUUCGACCCCGGUGGGAUCUCCAGCCAAAGGCCCUAAGAAAGCACCUUCUGUUGGUACCUCGACGCCUCUCAGAAAGGCUUCGAACGAUCAGCAGAAUUUGGACAUGGCAGGUUUGAAUUUAAAUGAGAACGUUGAUGUAUCUUCCACUAUUGCAGAAGAACCCCCUAAAAUGAUCUUGGCCCGCGAUAAAGUUCUAGAGGAAGCAAAGAGGUUGCUAGAUGCUGAAAGCGCUAAUGGGAAAAAGGGGAUUAGCCUCGUAGUCAUCGGCCAUGUUGACGCCGGAAAAUCUACCCUCAUGGGUCGGCUUUUGUACGAGCUUGGAAAGCUCGAUGAAAAAACAAGGCGGGCAAACGAACGAGGUAGCGACAAAAUUGGAAAGAGUAGCUUUAGUUGGGCGUGGGGCCUCGAUGGAACAGUUGAGGAACGAGAAAGAGGAAUAACGAUGGAUGUUGCUUUGCAAUCUUUAGAGACGCCUCAUAGACAAAUCACUAUUCUUGAUGCCCCGGGACAUAAAGAUUUUAUCCCAAAUAUGAUAUCAGGAGCAUCACAGGCAGAUUGCGCCCUUCUCGUAGUCGAUGCCACGACCGGCGAAUUUGAAUCCGGUUUCCAAAAAGGUGGACAAACUCGUGAACAUCUGUUGCUAGUCAGGAGUCUAGGCGUGGCUCAAGUUAUUGUAGCUGUCAAUAAACUUGAUCAGGUCGAAUGGAGCAGGGCUCGCUAUGAAGAAAUAUGCGAGGAACUACGUCCAUUCCUCAUACAGUCUGGUUUUCAGCCUUCGAAAACCAAGUUUGUACCCGUGGGUGCUGUCCAAGGCAUAAACUUGGUCGGUCGGGACAAAGUAUUAGGAGCACAAUUGUCCGAAUGGUAUAAAGGACCCACACUGGUUGAUCUUCUUGAUGUGUUAGUGCCUCCUGCCAGAGAUAUUAUUUCUCCGUUGAGAGUCCCGAUAUCAAAUAUCUCAAAGAGGCAAAACCUUGGCGCUUCUGUCUCAGGCAGGCUCUGCGGUGGGGUCGUCCAGGUAGGCGAAAAGUUGAGAGUCUUGCCCGGAGACGAGACAGCUAUAGUCAAAGGCAUUGAUAUCGAAGAUCAGUCUGUACCAUGGGCUGCAUCUGGGUCAAACGUUGUACUGCACCUGACUGCCAUAGACCCUGUCCAUCUUCAUACUGGCAGUGUCCUCUGUCCUCCGACAGAUCUUGUACCUUUGGCCGUCGUAUUUACUGCCAGAAUUAUUGUAUUCGAUAUUCAGGUCCCAAUCACUGCUGGAACUUCCGUGGAACUCUAUCAUCACUCGCGCGAUGUUCCUGCAACAACAUCCAAAUUAAUUACUACUAUUGACCGCGCUACUGGGAAAGCUAUUAAAUCCAAUCCUCGUGUAUUAACCAAGAAUACUUCGGCUGAAGUCGAGAUUACCUUGCGUGGCACAAAAGUGUCGGGAUCUACAAUGACAACCCGUGGGAUAGCAAUAGAGCCUUUUGCCGUCAAUAAAGAUAUGGGUAGAAUUUUGAUCAGAAGAGGUGGUGAAACAAUUGCGGCAGGUGUUGUCCUCGAGAUAAUCGGAUAG